AGACGCACUUCUGGUCUGAGUCAACUUCCGGUUACAUUCUAAUCCCGGAAGAGAAGCAAUAUUUACUUGACACGAAUGUCAGCCAAAUUUCAGAUUUAAGACAUUUGGAGCGUGAACACGUCGACAUGGCGACCACUAUCAGCACCCAGCGGGGACAGGUGUAUGUGGGGGAGCUCCCGCAGGACUUCCUGCGCAUCGCGCCCACGCAGCAGCAGCAGCAGGUGCAGAUGGACGCGCAGGCUGCCCACCAGCUGCAGUACGGCGGCACCAUUGGCACCGUGGGCCGCCUCAGCAUCACCGUGGUGCAGGCCAAGCUGGCAAAGAACUACGGGAUGACCCGGAUGGAUCCGUAUUGUCGCAUCCGCGUGGGCUACGCCGUGUACGAGACGCCCACGGCUCACAACGGCGCCAAGAACCCACGCUGGAACAAAGUGAUCCAGUGCACGGUGCCCCCUGGUGUCGACUCCUUCUACCUGGAGAUCUUUGACGAGAGGGCCUUCUCCAUGGACGACCGCAUCGCGUGGACGCACGUCACCGUCCCCGAGGGUCUGAGGGAGGGCAGCGUGGUGGAUGAGUGGUUCACGCUCAGCGGCCGGCAGGGCGACGACAAGGAGGGCAUGAUCAACCUGGUCAUGUCUUUUUCUUCCUUCCCGGCAGGAAUGAUGCCUCAGCCCGUGGUCCUGAUGCCGUCUGUCUACCAACAGGGCGUCGGUUACGUGCCCAUCACAGGCGUGCCGGCGGUCUACAACCACGGCGUGUUGCCCAUGGCGGUCCCGGGUGCCGUGCCAUCGGUCGAGGUCCAGGGCGUGCAACCGUGCAGCGAGGAGGACCUCAAGGCUCUGCAGGACAUGUUCCCAAACCUGGACCCGGAGGUGGUGCGCACCGUGCUGGAGGCUCAACAGGGCAACAAGGACACCGCCAUCAACUCCCUGCUGCAGAUGGCCGAGGAGCUCUAACGGCGAGGUCGUCGCCCCGCCCCUCGUCUUGCUCUCUGUCCUGGCCGCGUCCCGUCUUUCGUCACGUUAUCCCCCGCCCCCUCUCCACCCGUCGUCAUGGAUGCUAUUUCGUGCGGUGGUUUCCAUCACGACACAGAUGUCCAAUGAUGUAAGAAAGGAGACAACAAACAAAAAAAAGACGGAUGCAAAGCACCACCAGGUCACAUGACUCGCUCCCGGCCAAUCAGAUGCCAGGAGCGGCCACUCGUCGUAUUCGCGUUAGAGAUGCUAAUCGUUGUUGACCAAAAGUGAGCUUGUUUAUAUUUCCUUCUGAUCACUUUGGACCCGGCCGCACCAAACAUCCUCAUUCUCAAAAGUGUCAGCUUUAAAUGUACUUGUAAAAAAAAUUAAAAUAUAUACAUGAAGUCUA